AUGGCCGAGCCUAUUCUCGUGGUCGGACCUGAGUACUGCAUAUCGGACCAUCCAAUGGAGCUGGGGAUUGUGAGAAAGGCCCUUGCUUUGACAACUGGAAACUUCAAGAUCAGCGAUGUCAAUGAUAAUGAUUUGUUCAAAUUGCAAGUCCAGUGGUCUCUUCACGACAGUCGGAUCCUUCGUGAUACUGCAGGAAAUCCCAUUAUCACUCUCCGCGAGAAGAUAAGAACUAUGCAUUCAAGAUGGCAAGUGUUCAAAGGAAACAGUCACGACAAGAAUGAUCUUUUGUUCACGGCUGUAACGAGCUCAUGUCUGCAGUUCAAGGUAAAGUUGAAUGUGUUCUUAGCAAAAAAUGUGAAAGAAGAAGAGCCUGACUUUAAGUUGAAAGGAAGCUUUUCUAAGGGGUCUUGCAUCAUAUACACUGGACAUGACAAAUCCAAAACCAUUAUUGCCCAGAUGCAGGAGAAGACUACUGUACAAGGCGUCUUGUUGGGGAAAACUAAUUUCAGGGUCACAGUAAAUCCAAACGUGGACUACGUGUUGGUAAUUGCACUCAUUAUUAUUCUCGACAAAAUUGACACUUUUGUUAAGAAAGUAGUUGAUACAACCGUUGAAACUGUUACUUCUACUUUAGUGUCAUUGUGA